AUGUCCGACUCUAUUACCCCACAUAGAAGGGGCGAGGCACAAAGUGUCCUUGCGUCUACUCUUGUGGACGAUGUGGAGAAAGCAGGGCCAUCGAAAGCCGUUUUUCAAUCCGAGAAGCAGCAUAAAAGUCUCUUUGGUCUCAAUGUUGCAACCCCAGGCAACCAUGCAGGUACUGAUGCUACCUUUGCCGCGAAGGUGCAAGUGCUGAAUCAGGCGUUGUUGGACAUUGGCAUGGGAAAGUAUCAAUGGCUGAUCUUCUUGAUGACGGGCGUGGGGUGGUUUCUUGACAGUUUUUGGAUCAUGUCAUUCACAAUUAUUGCCCCAUCCGCUGGCAACGAGGCCCAAUUCUUCUUCACUGGCAAUAACACCAACUAUCUCUUCCUGAGCUUGUUUGUGGGCCUCACCGUCGGAGGCUUAGUCUGGCCUUCGAUGUCGGAUAUCCUCGGUCGGAAGCAGAUGUUUACAAGCACAGUCAUAGUGAUGGGUAUGGGUGGAUUGGUUGGGGCGGGCAUGCCCUCAUUCACGGGACUCUGCGUAGUGGGAGCUGUUGUUGGUUUCGCUGUUGCGGGAAAUCAAGCUGUUGAUGCGAUUACUCUCCUUGAGUCCAUCCCAGCAUCACACCAAUUUUUGGUCGCAUUGCAGGGGGUUUUCUGGGGCUUGGGCCAGUUGGUUGCCUCUGCUAUUGGAUGGGCCUUAAUUGCGUUAUAUACAUGUGGCACUGGUCCUGAUGAGAUCAGUACCGCACAAGCAAUGAGUCGACGUGCUCUGGCUCAUUCAAAUAGCACAUCAUCAUCCAGCAGCAGCGACUCUUCCUGUCACUACGUCAGCAACAAGGGAUGGCGUUACGUAUGGUGGACCUUCGGGUGCAUCACUCUGUUCCUGUAUCUUUGUCGUUUCGGACUGUCAUUUUACCAGACCCCAAAGUUUCUCCUUGCACGUCGUCGCGAUGCAGAAGCGGCACAGCUUGUUAAGGACAUUGCUCUCUACAAUCAGCGACAGACUUGGUUAACCGAAGCGUCCUUCGCGCGAAUUGAUUCCACGCUUGAGGCAUCAGAAGAUGAAUUGCGCACCAAGUCUCGACUUGAGUCCCUCAUCGCCUCUUUGGGGAACAUUGGCAUGGCCAGUCUUGUCCUUCUUUGGAUUGCAAUGGGUCUCAACUUUGUUCUUUAUCAGACCUAUAUCAGCAAUUAUCUGGCUGUGCGUGGCGUGAGCAAGGUCAAUGCGACCACUGUGACGAGAGGCUACCUAUACAGUCGCUAUCUAUACACCUCUUUGUGCGCAAUUCCAGGUCCAUUCGUGGCUUCAUUUCUGGUCGAGGCGAAAGGUGUUGGCCGUAAGCGUACCGGCGCUGGAAUUGCUAUUUUGACAGGGCUAUUCAUGCUGGUCUCCGCAAUUUCUAGGUCAAGGGACGCUGCACUAGCCUUUGAGUGCAUAUUGAGCUUCUUGCACCUUGCUGGUCUCGCGACACUUACACUCUAUACCGUAGAGGUUGUUCCAACUCCCACGCGAGGGUUCAGCCUCGGCGUCAUGGGGUGCAUUUGGGGUCUAUUUGGGCUGAUUGCGCAUAUUAUCACUACUUUUGAGAGCACAGAAACUUCUGGUGGUGCCCCUAUUUGGUUCUCUGGGGCUCUUUGGAUCGUGUUGGCGGUUGCUUGGCUAGGCUUGCCGGUGGAGACACAGGCAAGAGCUGCUGCGUAG